GACGAGUAACAGUAGGUCACGUGUGAUAAAGGGGGCGUGGAAAAGCCUUGGAGACUCGGUUACCUGAGUAACGUACGCAAACAGGAUCCGUGAAGUGGCGGAACCGAGAGAAGCGCGGGCAGUCAGCAGCAAUGAUGGUUUCAAAGAGAGGUGUGACUUAUGGUCAGAGGGAGAAGAUAAUAGCAGAAGCUAGGCGCCAAGAAUUUAUUCGGGAAGACCAGAUUAAGAAACUGAACCAAGAACAGAAGUUGGAAGCUUGCCUAAAGAGUGAGGAACGUGUGGAAAAAAAACGCUUUCUGAGGAGACUGCAGGAUGAAGAACAGGAGAGAAGGAUUGAGGAAACUCUCCAGCAAGCUGAAGAAACCAAACGCCUCAAAGAGCUACAGCUGGAACAAGAAGAAAGAAUGGCCCAAGAGCUGGCAAGAAUAAAGCACGAGCAACUGAAAGAUGAGAAAAUGAGGCAGCAAAUCCGAGAAAACAGCCUUGAGCUUAGAGAUCUGGAGCAAAAACUGAAGUCUGCCUACCUAGCAAGGGAGAGGGCUGCACAGGUUGCUGAAAAAGAACUUCUUAAUUAUGAGAACAUGAAACGAGAAUCUGAAAUAGCUCAAAAAAUGAAGGAAGAACUUGAAAGGGCUUCAGAAGAAGAGUUGGCCAAGGAGACAAGACGUUAUCAGGAGAAGCUGUAUUACCAGCGAGAGCUAGAAACCCAGCUGGAAGACAAAGAGAAGAAGAGGCAGGAGGCUUAUCAGGAAUUCCUAAGGGAGAAGAUCCUGGUUGAUGAAAUUGUGAGGAAGAUUUAUGAAGAAGAUCAAACAGAAAGGCGAUUAAAACUAGAAAAAAUGAAUGCCACAAGGAGAUAUAUAGAGGAAUUUAAAGAACAGCAGGACACCUGGAGAAAAAUGGAGAAGGAGAAGAUGGAGGAAGAGAACAGAAUGAUCUUGGCUUUUGCUAAUAUGCAGCAGAGAAGAGAGGAAGACCGGAUGGCACAAGUUAGAGAGCGGGAGGAAAAGAAAAAGGCCCUUCAGAACAUGCUUGCAGAACAUAUCCAAAGAGAACAGCAACAGAGAGAAGAACUUGAACAGAUGCGUGAAGAGCUGUACCUGGAAGAACAAGCCGAAGAGGCCAGACAACGAGAAAUUGCAGAGAUGGAGAAGAAAAUUCGCCAGCGGCUUGAAUUACAACAUACUUUUGAAGAACAAAUGGCUUUUAAGAAAAUUGUCCAACAAGCUGCUAAAGAGGAAGAAGAAGCUUUCAGACAAGCCAUGCUUGCAAAGUUUGCAGAGGAUGAUAGGAUUGAGCAGAUGAAUGCUCAGAAGAGGAGAAUGAAACAGCUUGAGCACAAGCGAGCAGUGGAGAAACUACUGGAAGAUCGACGCAAACAGUUUAUUGCUGAUAAAGAGCGUGAACUCCAAGAAAGGCAGGAGGAAGAGAAGAGAGAAGCAUUUCGUAGAGCUAUCAUUGAAGAAGAGAGACAGAAACUUCUCAAGGAACAUGCCUCACGGUUAUUGGGCUAUCUCCCAAAAGGUAUAUUUAAAAAUGAAGAGGACCUUGGUAUGUUUGAUGAGGAGUUUCAAAAAACUUUUCAGAAACGUCGUGCGGACCAAUUCUCUGAAGAGGGCUGGAAUUUCUAAAUUUACUGUUUUACUUCGAGGUGGCAUGGUGUCUUAUUGUCAGCCUUAAGUUACCUGGAAAUAUUUAACUUAUGAAUGUAUAGUACUGGUAUCAGUUCAGUUGUAUACUAUUAAUUAUAAUACAUUUUAAAGUUGGUAACAUCAGAUAUUUAAAAAUGUUGGCUGUUAUUUUUUUAAACUUGAGAAAGUAAUAAAAAAUAUAGUUGUAAGAAAACAG